UCUAGUUCGAGUUGUGUCCUAGCUGUGACGUCAUACCGGCAACCGAUUUCUCUCCAAGCUAAGGCUGCUGCUGAGUCGUCUGCUGGAUGGUCUGCAGGAGAAAGUGACCACAACACCACGCGUACAUGUUCUGUCACAAUGUUCGCACGAAUCACAUUUUAUCCAACUCUCUUUUACAAUGUUGUCAUGGAAAAGGUUUCCAGUCGACGAUGGUAUGACAGGAUUGACGAGACUGUAGUUUUGGGGGCUCUACCAUUCGCAAGGGAUGCGGACACGUUAGUGAAAGCCGAGAACAUUAAGGCAGUAAUAUCUAUGAAUGAAGAUUACGAGUUGCGCCUGUUUUCAAAUGAUGCUGAGGCUUGGAAACAAUAUGGUGUGGAGUUUUUACAACUAAGCACUGUUGAUAUAUUUGAGACACCAUGCCAAGAUAAACUUCUAAAAGGGGUUGAUUUUAUCAAUAAAUUCCAUUCUGGUGAGAGAAAAGGUAGCGUGUACGUGCAUUGUAAAGCAGGAAGAACACGAAGUGCAACAUUGGUUGGCUGCUACUUGAUGAUGAAAAAUGGUUGGACUCCGCAGCAAGCUGUCAGUCACAUGCGUUCCAGACGACCCCACAUACUCUUACACAAUCAGCAGUGGUCUGCCCUUAAUGUCUUUCACAACAACAAUGUUAACAAACCUGAUCCUGCUUAAGCUCAUGUGCAGGAAAAUUCAAACACGGGCGAUGGAAACAAAUGCACUGGUUGCAUAGUGGAAGCUGAAAUUUUACCUGCUGCCAUGUAUUGCUUUUAAGUCUUUUAGUUUCUCAGGAGUCGCUGGCUGAUGACUGAAUGUAUUUUGAUAAGAUUUCAUUUAUAGUAAAAAUGAUGGUUUAACAACAAAUGUUUCAAGAAGCAAGAACCAUUUAUGAAUUUUUAAUUUAAGUAGUUGGGGCCAUGACUUCUAACAGGACAAUAAUUUAAAAUGUCGGUGUCUCAACUUUCCAUGAAGCCUCACAUCAUUGUCUGUACUAAACUAGAAGGCUAAGCUGCAUUGUGUUUUGCAAGAAACUCGUAAAUUCUUGAUACUCUUUUUUUUAAAUUUAACUUUUGACAAUCUUUUCUAGAUCUUCUGCAGAAAAUAAGAACUUUUUCAAAACAAAUCAUUUUAUUCUAGUGUUACAA